AUAGAUGUUACUAUCUUCCAGGCAAUGGCUUAGCUGAGAUCCAUCCAUCAGCUUUUGACUCUCUGUGGAGCCUGGAACAGCUGGAUCUCUCUUACAACCAGCUGACUAUGCUCAACCACAAAUGGUUCAGCAAGCUGGAAGCUCUGCAGCAGUCAUCUGUGUUUGUAAUGCCUUGUCUUACAUCCCAUCUGCUGAAGAACCUGCAGUAUCUGGACCUGUCCGACAACCUUCUGACGGACCUGACUCUGGUGGAGACGCUUUGUGGUACAACACAAACUUUGAAGGACAUUCGAGUUUUAAACUUCAGUGGAAAUGCUCUGAAGUCUUUGUCCACCGUGAGCCGACUGGUCACAAAGUUCUCUAAACUGACACACCUGGAUAUUAGUAGGACCGGUUACAGCUUCAUGCCCUCAAGCUGUCCUUGGCCUUCCACCCUGCGAUUCCUAAACAUCUCCGGGGCAAAGUUCACAGCCAUUACCCCCUGUCUACCCCAAACCCUGGAGGUGCUGGAUUUGAGCAACAACAACCUUAAAGAUUUCACUCUACUUCUGCCUGUACUCAGGGAACUGUAUCUCUCUGGCAACAAGUUUCUGAGGUUGCCCUCUGGGCUAUCCUUCCCCAAUCUACAAACCCUGACCAUCCAGUCAAAUACCCUGAACAUGUUUGGCAAAACAGACCUCCAGUCAUACCAGCGACUCGAUAACCUCCAGGCUGGUCAGAAUAAGUUUGUCUGCUCCUGUGACUUUGUCAGCUUUGUCCAGUUGAAUUUUGUGCAGUCUGACUGGUGCCGCUAUGAGCUUGACUUCUCUCACUUCUGGCUUUUUGAUGGUCAAGCCACUGGUGAGGCAGCCAUUUUGAUCCUACUAGAGCCAUUGUCCAAGGAUGAUGUCCCCAAACGCUUCUACAAACUGCGCAAACUGAUGAGUUCCACCACCUACCUAGAGUGGCCACAGGAGGAAGAGAAGAGGGAGGAGUUCUGGAGCAGUCUGCGCAAUGCUUUGAGAGGAAACGAUAACUAAAAGAGCAGAAUAUAAUAAAGAAUGAGAAGAAAAAGAAAGAGUUGGACAAUAAGGGAUACAAGAGAGGGAUAAAUAAAGUCAAAGUAAAGCUGUAGCAUCUUAAUUCACUGAUAUCCAAGUCAUCAUUACUGAAAAUCACAACCCUAGCCCCAAACCCCAAAUUUAUUCCUGUGUUUUGGAGAAAAGCAAAAAGGGUUGUGGUUGUUACCAGUUUCUGUCAGUCCAAGGAGGUGGCCUCCUCCACCAACUAGGACAUCAUUGUCACUAGGGAUGGGAAUUGAUAACAAUUUAGUAAUCCCAGUUCUUGUUUCACUUAUCAAUCUCAUUGUCUCCAAUGUGAGAGUCACCACCAUCUCUAAGCAGCAAAUCAAAGACAUUAAAAUCAUGCUAA